CAAGAAGAUUUCACAUUCUGGAGCAGAGAUUUCAUGGAUUCAAAUUCCAACACUGUGGUGGUGACAGGUUUUGGUCCCUUCAGACAAUACCUGGUUAAUUCUAGCUGGGAAGCAGUGAAGGAGCUGUCCAAGAGAGGCCUUGGUGAAAACAUCGAUCUCCGGAUCUUGCAGCUGCCAGUGGUUUACAAAAAAGCAAAGGAGCAAGUCUGCAAGAUAUGGACAACUCUUCAGCCACUGCUUACAGUUCACGUUGGGCUGGCUUCAUCUGCCACAGCGCUCAUCAUCCUGGAGCAGUGUGGGAAGAACAAAGGCUACCAGGAGAGGGAUGCUUGUGGUUUUCACCCAGAAGGUGCCUGCUGCAUGCUAGAUGGCCCAGAAAAGAUUGAAUCUACAAUUAAUAUGAAGACUCUCUGGAAAAACAUCUCAGUGGAUGGGAUUGAUAUUAUCCUUUCCAGAGAUGCAGGAAGGUACAUCUGUGAUUAUACCUACUACACUUCUCUGUAUUAUGGCAAUGGAAGAGCUGCUUUCAUCCACGUCCCUCCAUUAUCUGAGUCGGUAACAGCAGAAUUUCUAGGAAAAGCAUUACAGACCAUUAUCCUAGCAAUGUUAGAACAGUGUGGGGAAAAGAGAGAUGUAUCACAGAGGUAA